AUGAAGGACCACAAUAUUAAAAUAAUCUCUUUAAAUAUAAGAUCCCUGAAUGAUAAACUAACUAUACUUAGGAAAGUCAUGAAAGACCAACAUUACGAUAUCCUCCUUUUACAGGAGACCCACCUUAAAGUAACUGAGGUAAGGAACCUCUUAGAUUACACCUUAUAUUGCAGCUCAAAUGCUGAACACGUAUGGGCUGGGGUGGCGAUUAUGAUACAUAAUAAAUCAAUAAGAUUCGUAUGCUUCAACCCAAUCUCCAGCCGAAUAUGCUGCCUUACCCUAAACUUAGGAUACAAAAGGGUUCAUUUGUUUAAUAUAUACGCACCUCACAAUGAUAGUGGUUUCUAUAUGGAAUUGGAGAAUGUCUUAAAGGAACUACCGCAUCGGGAUGGCAUCAUUCUAGCAGGUAAUUUCAAUGCUUCGGUAGGUAAAUCUAAGAACUCUUCCUGCCUUAGAAACGCCACAUUAAUACAAAGUACGAACCCCAACGGUAAAAGGUUAAUAGAAAUCUGUGAGCUUUUCAACAUGAAAAUUGGAAAUACUUUCUUCAAUCAUCCAACUCAUCACAUCAUGACUUACAAGAGUCCUUCCUUUGGCAUUACCUCACAGAUAGAUUUCUUUGUAAUUUCCACUAAGAUCUUCAAGUGGGUGAGAGACAUCGGAGUAAUCAGUAAACUAAACCUCACACUUUUUACGGACCAUUAUCCACUGAGUUGUGAACUCAAAAUUAACAACAGUAUCUUCCCAAACCACACUAGACAGAACAGUCUCACCACUGUAAAAUACAUAGUUAGAAAAGACUUGGCACAACUAAAUGACUUAGAGGUGAAAGAAAGUUCGUCUCUAAUUAAACAUCAUGGAGGAAUACAACAUCAUAGGAGGUACAUUACUCACCGCAUAAGGGCUGACAAAAGACUGUUUAUUGCUAACUUAUCGAAUUCUAUCCAAUUCAAUUUUGAUAAUAAUAAUAUUUAUAAGGCCUUCCAAUCUCUUAAACUACUCACCACCUUUAAAACCAAUCCUUUACCAAGACUACAAUUAAAUAACAACAAGAUUAUAACUGACCCUAAGGAACAAUUAGACUUAUGGAUAGACCACUACAUGAACCUCUGCAGAACGAGAUGGCCUAUACCUAGAUGUGACUACCCCUUCCAAUCACCCAGUCAGAAUCUGAACAAGUCCGAUAUAGUCGGUGCCAUCAAAGGUCUAAAAAUGCAUAAAGCUGCUGGAGCUGAUGGGAUCUUUGCAGAACUCUGGAAGAUAGAGGUAGACCUAAGUGUCAGCUUACUACUUCCUCUCUUUAGGGAGAUUUGGAAUACGGGUAGGUUUCCUGACGAAUGGAUGCCAUCAAUUAUACUAAACUUCCCUAAAAAUAAGUCCCCAAACUGCCUUAAGGAUUACAGAGGUAUUGCAUUGAUUCCAGUCACACUAAAAAUGUUCACAUACAUCAUAUAG